AAGCCGCCAUGGGGAAACCGUCCCGUCUGGUAAUGCUCUUCCUUAUGCUCUCACUCCCCAUCGCCGCAGCCGCGGCCGCCGCCGCCAUCUCCUCCUCUUAUAGAGUCGACGAAACCGCUAGCCGCUCUCGUGAUUAUGCGUCAACAAUGGGAAAGUCGAAAGGAAGAUAUCUCAUGGAAGCAAAUCAAUGUGCUGGUUGCGUUGAUGGUUCUUUGCAUAAAACCUCACCAGCAGAAGUCCCUGGCAAAUCUCCAGUAGAUCCGUCUACAGCAGAAGUCCUUGGCAAAUCUCCAGUAGAUCCGCCAAAGCCACAACGCCGCCGGGGGAACUCCAUAAACUAUCUAUUUUGAUGAUGGAGCACGACAGAUCCUUAUUUUGAACAGACUUUUCGAUUGAUUGGCACUUUUAUCACUUAUUACUCAAGUGUGGAUGGCGUGUUUCUUUUAUGAAUACUGUUGUUUCUCUUUGGCAUGGAGAUUUGAAUAUGGAUAUGUAUUUUUCAUGAAUAUGACUGCACACAGGAAUCCUGGAUAAUCUUUUGA